AUGGCGCCCCCUCCGCCGCCCCCUCCGUCCGUCACUACUGACGAACCCCAUGCGCCACCCGAUGCGUCUGCAGGUCCCGAAGACAGCGAUGCGGCAGUACCGCCCGCGCCCGAGGCGACGACGCUGGCCGCGUUGGCACAGGACGUUUCUAAGUGGACGCUGCACUCGGAUCACUCGAUGCACACGUUUCUAAAGCGGUACUCGACGGAUUUGUUCGUACGGACGAAAGCCCUCGAAGACCGCGUGCGGGACAUUGCCGCCGACGCCGAUGCUGCGCACGUGCGCCUGAAGAACACACUGAACCAGUUCCUGUUGCUGUCGAACAACCAGUUUAUGGAGAACCGCGUGUACGACGAAGAGCAGGAGGAUUUCUAUAGCUUAGAAACGCCAAGUGGCGACAAGCACGAGACGGUCAAGCGGGACAAGGACAAAGACGAGACAGGACCAGCGGCUACGAGUACUGCAGUCUCUGCUACUGCUGCUGCUACUUCGACUGGCCAUUCGUCGUUGGACAGGGAGGGAGGAGGAGCAGGAGGAGGCGCGAAGGCGGCUGCAGAGUCCAUUGUGACAAAGUACAGGUCGGCUCUAGAUAUGGGUAUGGAAGCUAUGAAGCUCUUUGUGAUGAUGGACGAGGAGGACGACGACGACGACGAAGACGUGCUGGACAUUUACAACGAACGGCCGCUGCCGUUUAUCAUCGGAACAAGAGAGUUUCUCGAGGACGAGACGCUCGGCUUGGGUGCUGCACCCGAAGAGUACAGUGACAGCGAUGAUGGGAGUGACGUGUCGUCCUAUAGCAGUUCGGGCUCCGAGUCGGACUCGGAAGCGUCGGCGUCCGAUGCAACGUCGACGUCGAAGGGAUCGAGACGCUCGAUGUCGCAUUCGCGGUAUCGAUCGAGCUCGGAGGAGUCGGAGAGGUCGUCGCUUGCACCUCGCCAACGCUCGAAUUCUGGCGAGAGUGAUAUGAGCGGCUUGUUCGGUCGUCCGCCCGCAGCUGCCAAGCCGCCUCGACGACGCGCGGAUUCCGACGAAAGUGACACGAGCGGACUUUUUGGUCGUCCGUCAGCACCUGAGUCUACCCCACCGCAGCCAAGCACUACUGCUCCACGACCGCGACGCGCUUUGUAUUCUGAUAGCAGCAGUGGCGAAGAUGAUGACGACUCGGGCUUGUUUGGCGCCAGCACAGCUCCGCCGACAUCAGCUCCUCGUUCGCAACCGGUACACCGUGCCCCUCAGAGUGGUCUUUUUGGCGAGGGCGAAAGCGAUGACAGCGACAAUAGCGAUACUAGCGGUCUUUUCGGCGCGAACAAGUCAAGAGCUGCCAGGGACUCACCAGUUGUUGCUGCCAAGCCGCCUCCAGCAGUUGCCCCUAGACCAUCUCCUGUGGUUACGCGUGACAUCCGCGAUAGCGACAGUGAUAGCGAUGAUGACGAUGACAACGAUGAAGGUCUGUUUGGAGUACCGCAAGCAGUCCAGCUUCCUGCAGCGGCACCAGUUGCUGCGCCACCAACACAAGCUCGACAACCACGGGUGCUCAGUGACUCCAGUGACUCGGAGGAAAGUGACGUAUCUGCCCGACCUUCUCAACCAGUACGCCGUGCGCCUCCAAGUGGUCUGUUUGGUGAGGGCGAAAGCGAUGACAGCGACGAUAGCGAUACUAGCGGUCUUUUCGGUGCAAAUCAGUCAGCAGCUGCCAGGGCUUCACCAGCUGUUGCCAAAUCGCCUCCAAUAGUUGCCAAGCCGCCUUCAGCGGCUGCCGCUAGACCAUCUCCUGUGGUUGCACGCGAUGUCAGUGAUAGCGACAGUGACGAUGAUGAUGACGACGAAGGUCUGUUUGGGAUGAGCCAACCAGGCAAGCCUCCCGCUGCUGCUGCUGCAGUUGUUGCUUCAGCAACACAGACUCGACAGUCGCGGGCGCUGAGCGACUCGAGCGAGUCCGAUGAAAGUGAUAUGUUUGGAGCACCACCUUCUCAAUCUGCGCCAAAAUCGAUACCGCCGCCAGCUCUGAGUUCGGCACAGAAAGCUGCUGCGCCGGUACCAGUGCUGCCUGCUGCGCCAUUGAUCAGUCGGCAUCAUUCUUCGGACGACGAUAGUGAUGACUGGAGCGACGAUGACGGGGGUCUGUUUGGUGCAUCGACGCCAGCUCGAAUCUCAACACUCACACCUGCGGUCGCUACUUCGGUGCCGCUUAGUAAGCCAUUAGUCAAUCGUCAGCAGUCCUCGGACGACGAUGACAGUGAUGACUGGAGCGAUGAAGACGGUGGUCUGUUUGGUGUAUCAGAGACGAAACCUGCCGUCGCCCAGUCAGUGGGGGCUCCAGCAAAAGCAGGAACGAGCACUUCUGCUCCAGCUCCGAAGCCAAUAAGCGCUUCAGUACCUCCUGCCGGGUUGCCGAUUUCUAGUGCUGCUGCACGAAUGCGUGCCGUCGAGUCGGACUCUGAUUCUGACUCCGACUCUGACUGGGAUGGUGACGGUGGGCUGUUCGGGCCUCCAAAGAACUAG